AAUAAUAAUAAUAAUAAUAAUAAUAAUAAUAAUAAUAAUAAUAAUAAUAAUAAUAAUAAUAAUAAUAAUAAAAAUAAUAAUAAUAAUAAUAAUAAUAAUAAUAAUAAUAAUAAUAAUAAUAAUAAUAAUAAUAAUAAUAAUAAUUAUAAUAACAAUAAUAAAAAUAAUAACAAUAAUAAUAAUAAUAAUAAUAAUAAUAAUAAUAAUAAUAAUAAUAAUAAUAAUAAUAAUAAUAAUAAUAAUAAUAAUAAUAAUAAUAAUAAUAAUAAUAAUAAUAAUAAUAAUAAUAAUAAUAAUAAUAAUAAUAAUAAUAAUAAUAAUAAUAAUAAUAAUAAUAAUAAUAAUAAUAAUAAUAAUAAUAAUUAUAAUAAUAAUAAUAAUAAUAAUAAUAAUAAUAAUAAUAAUAAUAAUAAUAAUAAUAAUAAUAAUAAUAAUAAUAAUAAUAAAAAUAAUAAUAAUAAUAAUAAUAAUAAUAAUAAUAAUUAUAAUAAUAAUAAUAAUAAUAAUAAUAAU